AUGCAUGGACCACAUUCAUGUCCAAGGGUUUUCAACAACAAGUCUGCAAAUAGUAAGUGGGUAGCUAGCAAAAUGCUUGAGAAGGUGAGGAUGACAAGGAAGCUGAGAUUGUCUGAGGUGGUUGAUGAGGUCAGAAUUGGGUUUUCUACUGGAAUCACUAAAUGGAGAGCAUGGAAGGGAAGACAGAUUGCCAUGGAGAUUGUAGAGGGAGAUGCAAGCAGACAGUACUAUCUUCUGUAUAGGUUCAGUGCAGAGCUAUUGCAAAAGUCUAAAGGAAAUACAUGUAAGAUCAAUAUUGAAAGGUUGCCUGGAACACUACAACCCAGGUUUAAGAGAUUUUAUAUGUGCUUGGAGGGUUGCAAGAAGGGUUUUAUUGGAGGGUGCAGGCCAUUUAUAGGUCUUGAUGGUUGCCACUUGAAAACACAGUAUGGGGGGAUUUUACUGUGUGCAGUAGCCAGGGACCCCAAUGAUCAGUAUUUUCCCUUAGCAUUUGCAGUUGUUGAGUCAGAAUGCAAGGAGAGUUGGAGAUGGUUCCUUGAGCUCUUGUUAGAUGACAUUGGCCCUGAUAGGAGGUGGAUCUUCAUAUCAGAUCAACAGAAGGGUUUGCUGACAGUUUUUGAUGAUCUACUUGGAGGGGUUGAGCAUAGGUUCUGUCUGAGGCAUUUAUAUGCCAAUUUUAAGAAAAAAUUUGGAGGAGGAGUUGUGAUCAGGAACUUGAUGAUGGCUGCUGCAAAAGCAACCUAUCACCAGCUGUGGACAGAGAAGAUGACAGAGCUGCAGGGAUUGAAUCCAGAAGCUUACACAUAUCUGAUGCAAAUACCUACAAGGGCAUGGUGCAAACAUGCUUUCACAUUUUAUCCUAAAUGUGAUGUGUUGAUGAAUAACCUGUCUGAGUCAUUCAAUGCUACAAUACUGUUGGCUAGGGAUAAGCCAAUUCUGACAAUGGUUGACUGGAUAAGAAGCUACAUCAUGGGGAGGUUUGCUACCAUGAAUGAAAAGCUAGAUAAGUACCCGGGGGAUGUGAUGCCGAAGCCAUUGAAAAGACUAAACCAUGAGAUUGAAAUGACUAGAUACUGGGUGCCUACAGCUUUUGGGCAAAAUAAGUUUGAGGUGAAGAACAUGCUGACACAGGACCAGUUUGUUGUUGAUUUGGAGAAACACAGAUGUAGUUGCAACUUCUGGGAGUUGGUGGGGAUCCCUUGUAGGCAUGCAGUUGCUGCCAUUUCACAUAAUAGACAAAAGCCAGAAGAUUUUGUGAAUGCAUACUAUAGGAGGGAAGCAUAUAGAGCAACUUAUGGCCAUUUGAUAACUCCCAUUAAUGGUCAGAAAAUGUGGCCAACAACCAAUGAUGAAUACAUCCUCCCUCCCUUGUACAAGAGAGCACCAGGGAGACCUAAGAAACUCAGGAGGAGAGACCCACAUGAGGACACACCUGAAAAUCACACAAGGUUGCAUAGAGGUGGGGUUUCAAGGAACAAGUGCAGUCGGUGUGGAGAGUUUGGCCACAACUUAAGAAGCUGCAAGAAUCCAUUUGUUAGCCCAGAAUCUCAACCUCCUGAAAGUAGCAAUCAAGGUGCAACAAGACCAAGAAGCCAGACUGCUAAGAGGGUGAGGACAAACUCAGUAGCUGAUGCAGGGUUUUCUGAAGUUCCUGAAAGUAUUACUCAAGGUGAAGACAAAGCCAGGAACUAG